AUGGCUAUCCGUGACCACUUCCGCCGCAGCGUCCGCAAGUCCGACGCAUCAGAUGUCGCCUCCGCCGCCUCGGGCCACCACUCCAACUCAUCCACCACGUCCUUCCAGCGCCUGGCCAAGACCUUCUCCUGGAAGCCCCGUUCCGACUCGUCCAGCAACGCCAGCAGCAACACGAGCUCGUCUUCCGAUGACGACACGCCGGCACCCUGCAUGACCGACGACAGGCCCGAAAAGGGCGUGCCCUCGUGGCUCAAGAAGAAGAACAAGCCCGCCAAGAAGCCCCUCUUCGCCGGCCUCAGCCUACCCACUCUCUACGGAGGCGGCGCCAAGGCCAGCAAGUCGGCCGUCGACCCCCGCGAGAAGCCCUUUACCGAGAUCAACCUCCGCCACCAGGAGAUGCUCUCCGGCUUCACCUUUACCUUUGGCAACCGCUGCGACAGCCGCCGGUCGAGCAUCCACGGCGGCAUCAGCCCCGGCACCUCGCGCAUGCCCUCCUUCGACGGCGGCAGCCGGCCCAUGCCCUCCGCCGCCGAUGACGACGAGAGGGACCCCUUUGACAACUUUGACGAGCACUUCCUCUCCCCCGCUGCUGCUCAACGGCGACCUGCCCUCUUCGCCUAAAAAGGCGGCUGUAAGGCCCUCGCCUUCCACAUUGAGCAUAACGAGUCACGAGACCAUCCUGCGACGAUUCGGCAAGGAUGCGAAAAGAAACUAAAUAUCCGACGGCAAGCUGUCAGACAGCACUGCGACGCAAUGCAGCGGAAUGACUUCCAACGGGCCAAUCACACCCGAUGAUCGUCCACUGCAUAUGACGACUAGAAAUCACACCCCAUAAAGCCGAUCUCUCACACUACUACUCCAUCUCUCACUUCCUUUCAUUGUUUCCUCUUUUAGUGUUUCACAGCAUUGGACAGGCGAGGCGUUCAGGAUCCGGACAUGUAUUUUUCAUCUGCUUGCUACCCAUCAUCCUU